UUUCCAGCAGGAGGUGGUUCCCAGGGCCCCUCCCCACUGACAGAAGCACUAUAUAGGGAGGCUGCAAAGGCAGAGAGGAUUUGGACUGUCCCAGCUGUUAGCUGUACAGGUUCCGGACUCUCCAAUUCACUCCCUGCUUCCCUAAUUGGACAUCUGUGACUAAGCCAAAAUGUCGCAGAAGACUCAAUUAAGUGAUGAUGAGAAGUUUCUCUUUGUGGACAAAAACUUUAUGAAUGACCCACUUGCCCAGGCAGAUUGGUCAGCCAGAAAAUUAGUAUGGGUGCCAUCAGAAAAACAUGGAUUUGAAGCGGCAAGUAUCAAAGAAGAGAAAGGCGAUGAGGUUCUCAUUGAACUGGCAGAAAAUGGAAAGAAAGUUACAGUCAGCAAAGAUGACAUCCAGAAGAUGAAUCCUCCAAAGUUUUCCAAAGUGGAGGACAUGGCAGAGCUGACUUGCCUCAAUGAAGCUUCAGUGCUGCACAAUAUAAGGGAGAGAUACUUCUCAGGUCUAAUUUAUACUUAUUCAGGUCUCUUUUGCGUCGUAGUAAACCCAUAUAAAUACCUGCCCAUCUAUUCAGAGAAGAUUAUUGAUAUGUACAAAGGAAAGAAGAGGCAUGAGAUGCCACCCCAUAUCUAUGCAAUUGCGGAUACAGCAUACAGGAAUAUGUUGCAAGAUAGAGAAGACCAGUCCAUUCUGUGCACAGGGGAAUCUGGUGCAGGUAAAACAGAAAACACCAAAAAGGUCAUUCAGUAUCUGGCUGUGGUUGCUUCCUCGCAUAAGGGCAAAAAGGACACCAGCAUCACUGGUGAGCUGGAAAAACAGCUUCUACAGGCAAACCCUAUUCUUGAAGCUUUUGGAAAUGCCAAAACCGUGAAGAAUGACAACUCCUCCAGAUUUGGCAAGUUCAUCCGCAUUAACUUUGAUGUUACUGGCUAUAUAGUUGGAGCAAACAUAGAAACUUAUUUGCUGGAAAAGUCCCGUGCUAUUCGCCAGGCUAGAGAUGAGCGGACGUUUCAUAUCUUUUACUACUUGCUCGCGGGAGCUUCUGAACAAAUGAAAAGUGAAUUAUUGCUUGAAGGUUUCAGCAACUAUACCUUUUUAUCUAAUGGCUAUGUGCCUAUUCCUUCUCAGCAAGAUGAUGAGAUGUUCCAAGAAACCUUGGAAGCCAUGACAAUUAUGGGUUUCACUGAAGAGGAGCAGACUGCUAUGCUGAAAGUAGUUUCAUCUGUCCUGCAAUUGGGCAAUAUUGUUUUCAAGAAAGAGAGGAAUACAGAUCAAGCUUCUAUGCCAGACAACACUGCUGCCCAAAAAGUAUGCCACCUGAUGGGUAUUAAUGUGACAGAUUUCACGAGGGCAAUCCUCACACCACGCAUCAAAGUUGGACGAGAUGUUGUUCAGAAAGCUCAGACCAAAGAGCAGGCAGAUUUUGCAGUAGAGGCUUUAGCCAAGGCAAAAUAUGAACGUCUUUUCCGUUGGAUUCUUGCUCGUGUAAACAAAGCUCUGGAUAAAACAAAAAGACAAGGAGCUUCCUUCUUGGGCAUCCUUGAUAUUGCUGGAUUUGAGAUUUUUGAGAUCAAUUCUUUUGAGCAGUUGUGCAUCAACUACACUAAUGAGAAACUUCAGCAGCUUUUCAAUCAUACAAUGUUCAUACUGGAGCAAGAGGAAUAUCAGCGUGAGGGUAUUGAAUGGAAUUUCAUUGAUUUUGGCCUUGAUCUGCAACCCUGCAUUGAGCUGAUUGAAAGACCAAACAACCCUCCUGGUGUCCUGGCUCUCUUGGAUGAAGAGUGCUGGUUCCCCAAAGCCACAGACACAUCCUUUGUAGAGAAACUCUGUCAAGAACAAGGCAACCAUACCAAAUUCCAGAAACCCAAACAACUCAAGGAUAAAACAGAGUUCUCCAUAAUCCACUAUGCAGGAAAGGUUAACUACGAUGCGAGUGCCUGGCUUACGAAGAACAUGGAUCCAUUAAAUGACAACGUGACUUCUUUGCUCAACCAGUCUUCGGACAAAUUUGUAGCAGAUCUUUGGAAAGAUGUUGACCGUAUAGUGGGGCUGGACCAGAUGGCAAAGGUGACUGAAAGUACCCUUCCUAGUGCUUCAAAAGCCAAGAAGGGCAUGUUCCGUACUGUUGGGCAGCUGUACAAGGAGCAGCUGACUAAGUUGAUGACCACCCUAAGAAACACGAAUCCAAACUUUGUCCGUUGUAUCAUUCCAAAUCAUGAAAAAAGGGCUGGCAAACUGGAUGCCCAUUUAGUGUUGGAGCAGUUGCGAUGCAAUGGUGUCUUGGAAGGCAUUCGUAUCUGCCGACAGGGAUUCCCCAACAGAAUUGUCUUCCAGGAAUUCCGCCAGCGAUAUGAAAUUCUUGCUGCAAGUGCUAUUCCUAAAGGAUUUAUGGAUGGAAAACAGGCCUGCAUACUGAUGAUUAAAGCAUUAGAACUUGAUCCCAACUUGUUCAGAAUUGGACAAAGUAAAAUCUUCUUCAGAACUGGUGUGCUGGCUCAUCUGGAAGAGGAGAGAGAUUUGAAGAUCACAGAUAUCAUUAUUGCUUUCCAGGCUCAAUGCCGAGGCUACCUGGCAAGAAAAGCCUUUGCCAAGAGACAGCAGCAGUUGACAGCAAUGAAGGUCAUUCAGAGAAACUGUGCUGCUUAUCUGAAGCUGAGGAACUGGCAGUGGUGGAGACUGUUUACAAAAGUGAAGCCCCUGCUCCAAGUCACUCGCCAAGAAGAAGAAAUGCAGGCCAAAGAUGAAGAGCUACUGAGAACUAAGGAAAGACAACAAAAAGCAGAGAGUGAAUUGAAAGAACUGGAGCUGAAACACACUCAGCUCUGUGAAGAGAAAAAUCUCCUUCAGGAGCAGCUUCAGGCUGAGACCGAAUUAUAUGCUGAAGCUGAAGAGAUGAGAGUCCGUCUAGCUGCUAAGAAGCAAGAGUUGGAGGAGAUCUUGCAUGAAAUGGAGGCCAGGAUUGAAGAGGAGGAGGAGCGGAGUCAGCAGCUGCAAGCAGAGAAGAAAAAGAUGCAGCAACAAAUGCUGGACCUUGAAGACCAGCUGGAAGAAGAAGAAGCUGCAAGGCAAAAACUACAACUUGAAAAAGUAACAGCAGAAGGCAGAAUAAAGAAAAUGGAAGACGACAUUCUUGUAAUGGAAGAUCAGAACAACAAGCUAACCAAAGAAAGAAAACUCCUUGAAGAGAGAGUAAGUGAUUUAACAACAAAUCUUGCAGAAGAAGAAGAAAAAGCCAAAAACCUUACGAAGUUGAAGAACAAACAUGAAUCUAUGAUUUCAGAACUGGAAGUGCGACUGAAGAAAGAGGAAAAGGGCAGACAAGAACUGGAGAAAAUGAAAAGGAAGUUGGAGGGGGAGUCCAGUGAUCUACACGAGCAGAUUGCAGACCUGCAGGCGCAAAUUGCUGAACUAAAGAUGCAGCUGGCCAAAAAGGAAGAAGAGCUGCAGGCCGCUCUCGCCAGGCUCGAAGAUGAAAUGGCUCAGAAAAACAAUGCCCUCAAGAAAAUCCGGGAGCUGGAAGGCCACAUCUCUGACCUCCAAGAAGAUUUGGACUCUGAGAGGGCAGCUAGAAAUAAAGCAGAGAAACAAAAGAGAGACCUGGGUGAGGAGCUGGAGGCCCUUAAAACAGAGCUUGAAGAUACUUUGGAUAGCACAGCCACACAGCAAGAACUCAGAGCAAAGAGAGAACAGGAGGUCACAGUGUUGAAGAGAGCUUUGGAAGAAGAGACUCGGACUCAUGAAGCCCAGGUCCAGGAGAUGAGGCAGAAGCAUACUCAGGCUGUGGAAGAGCUAACAGAACAGCUGGAGCAAUUUAAACGGGCUAAAGCAAAUUUGGACAAGAGCAAACAGACAUUGGAGAAAGAAAAUGCUGACCUGAGUACUGAAGUCAGGACACUAAACCAGGUCAAACAAGAUGUGGAGCACAAAAAGAAGAAGCUGGAGGUGCAGCUCCAGGAACUACAGUCCAAAUAUGCUGAUGGAGAGCGUGUCCGGACAGAACUCAAUGAAAAAGUCUAUAAGUUACAGGUUGAAGUGGAAAGUGUAACCGGCCUGCUCAACGAUGCAGAAAGCAAGACAAUUAAACUUACCAAAGAUGUUGCAAGUUUGGGAUCUCAGCUACAGGACACACAGGAGCUGCUUCAAGAAGAAACUCGGCAAAAACUAAAUGUAACCACCAAGCUUCGUCAGCUGGAGGAUGAGAAGAAUAGCCUGCAAGAGCAGCUGGAGGAAGAAGCAGAAGUAAAACAAAACUUGGAGCGGCAUAUUUCAACACUGACAAUACAGCUUUCUGACUCAAAGAAGAAGCUUCAGGAAUAUGUUGGCACAAUAGAAGCUCUGGAGGAAGGCAGAAAGAAAUUCCAGAAGGAAAUUGAAGGUCUCACACAGCAGUUUGAGGAGAAAGCUGCUUCUUACGAUAAACUGGAAAAAACCAAGAACAGACUCCAGCAGGAGCUGGAUGAUCUCAUUGUGGACCUGGACAAUCAGCGCCAGCUGGUCUCCAACCUGGAGAAAAAGCAAAAGAAGUUUGAUCAGAUGCUAGCUGAAGAAAAAACCAUCUCUUCCAAAUAUGCAGAUGAAAGGGACAGAGCAGAAGCAGAAGCUAGAGAAAAAGAAACGAAGGCUUUGUCACUGGCCCGGGCUCUUGAGGAGGCCUUGGAAGCCAAAGAAGAACUGGAGAGAGCCAACAAAUUGUUGAAAGCUGAAAUGGAAGAUCUAGUUAGCUCCAAGGAUGAUGUUGGCAAGAGUGUUCAUGAAUUGGAGAAAUCUAAGCGUGCCCUGGAGCAGCAAGUGGAAGAGAUGAAGACACAGUUAGAAGAGCUAGAGGAUGAGCUUCAGGCAACAGAAGAUGCCAAGCUUAGAUUGGAAGUUAAUAUGCAGGCUCUGAAAGGACAGUUUGAAAGAGAUUUGCAAGCCAGAGAUGAACAGAAUGAGGAGAAGAAGCGACAGCUGCUUAAACAGCUCCAUGAGUAUGAAACAGAACUGGAAGAUGAGAGGAAGCAACGUGCCCUGGCAACAGCAGCCAAGAAGAAAUUGGAGAUUGACAUUAAAGACCUAGAAGGCCAAGCUGACUCUGCUAAUAAAGGUCGGGAAGAAGCCAUUAAACAACUUCGUAAGCUACAGGCUCAGAUGAAGGACUUCCAGAGGGAGCUAGAUGAUGCUCGUGCCUCAAGAGAAGAAAUAUUUGCUACUGCGAGAGAAAAUGAGAAGAAAGCCAAGAGCCUGGAAGCAGAAAUUAUCCAGCUUCAGGAGGAUUUGGCUGCUGCAGACAGGGCUCGCAAACAGGCUGACCUAGAGAAAGAGGAGCUGGCUGAAGAACUUGCAAGUGCUGCUGCUGGGAGGACGAGCCUCCAGGAUGACAAGCGUCGUCUGGAGGCAAGAAUCUCCCAAAUGGAGGAAGAGCUAGAAGAGGAACAAAGUAACAUGGAGGCUCUAAAUGAACGCUUGAGGAAAACAUUACAGCAGACAGAGCAGCUGAAUAAUGAGCUGUUGGCAGAACGUGGCACAGCGCAGAAGAAUGAGAGUGCUCGGCAGCAAAUGGAGAGGCAAAACAAAGAGCUGAAGGCCAAACUGCAGGAGAUGGAGGGAAACGUGAAAUCCAAGUUCAAGGCUACAAUUGCUGCUUUGGAAUCCAAAAUUGCUUCACUUGAGGAGCAGUUGGAACAGGAGGGCAGAGAGAAGCAGGCUGCAGCAAAGGCGCUGCGCCAGAAGGACAAGAAGCUGAAGGAUGUCUUGCUGCAGGUUGAAGAUGAAAGAAAGCAAGCAGAACAAUACAAAGAACAGGCUGACAAGAGCAAUACACGAGUCAAACAGCUGAAAAGGCAACUGGAGGAGGCUGAAGAAGAGUCCCAGCGCAUCAAUGCAAACCGCAGGAAACUGCAGCGAGAGUUGGAUGAAGCCACUGAGAGCAGCGAGGCCCUGGGCCGGGAGGUGGCAACGCUGAAGACCAAACUCAGGAGGGGAAAUGAGCCCCCAACUUUUGCCCCUGCCCGCAGAUCUGGAGGCAGAAAAGUAAUUGAAAAUGCAACAGAAGUUUCAGAAGAGGAAGCUGAUUCAAGAGAUGGAGACUUCAAUGGAACAAAAGCCAGUGAAUAGAUAACACGCUUGCCAAUUACACUGCAGCCAGGGGGGAGGGAAGACCACAUCUAGCACUGUAUUCAUCUACUUUUAGUUCCAAUGCCACACACACUCCUAUGGUGAUAGAAGCACAGCUGUCUUCUCUCCAGUCUAUAAACUAAAGUUGUGUUGCAAACAACUGGUUAUCAGGAAAUGUAUUUUGAAACAGGGUUUCUUUAAAUUAAGAGUAAUUCACCUUAGGAAUUUUCAGAAUGAAAUUGAAUUCUAGCGUGUGAGACCAUUUAAAUCCCAGUGGACUGCAGUUCACACAACCACAAGUGUUACAGAAAAAGCCAUUGUCCAGUUAAACCUUUCCUAAUCCAGUCUACCCUUCAUUUUGUCUCAACUAUUCAAUUACUAUAGGCAUUCUCUUCUCCUGGAAGCUACACCCCCCCGAUGCACCAUUCACAAAAUGGAAGUGCCUUCUUUAAUCACCGAUUGAAAAAUAAAAUAUCAUUUGUUCAAAGCCAAAUGUUACUGUUUCAUGUGCACCUUGGAUGUGCUCACACACUAAUAAAUGGUUAUCAAUCACUAGA